AUGCAUUCCUCACCCCCAAGAAAAUUGUUGAAAAUUGACACCAUCACAAACUCCGACGAGUUCAGCACCCCUAAAAGUUCAUCAUCAUCGGAGAAGGAAGAAUCUUCCCUUGAUCAUGGUGAUGAAGAGAGAAUUUCCAAUUUGCAUCCACAACAAGAUGGCGAGAAAAUUGAAGAAUCCAAUCGUCAUUCAAUUUGUGAGGAUCCAUCAAUUCUCUUGAUGCCCUCUCCUGCUACACAAAUUCCAUCCUUCUCUCAACAAGUUCAUCCUCUUCAACCACAAACGAUUCAUCAUUUUACAAACCAUUCUCCAUCUCCUCUUCAUCGUUAUUCCGAGUAUUCUACUACUCCAAAAAAGAGAUUGUAUGAAACAACAACCACCACCACCAACAGCACCACCACUUUGAAUCAUUCCUCCCAACAUCCUCCCCAUAAUCGAUUAUUUCCAUCGAAUUUAUCCCUUCCAUUUCAAGAUCAUUUUGAACAUGAUAUUACUCAAUCACCUGCUUUUCCUGUUUUGAGAGAUAUGUUAGCCGAUACUUUUGAUCAUCAUGGCGAUAGUUCUGAAGAGAAAGAAUCUGUCGUGUCGUUGAGUGAAGGAAGCUCUCUAUCGGGAUCAUCAAUAUUUUCGGAACCACAUCAGAAAGUUGACUCACAAAGAGAGGCAUCCUUAUCGGUGUCAUCAACAAUGCAUCAAUCUCAACAUGAUGUUGCAUUGACAUUGUCUGUGGGGGAGGAUGUAAUUUCCUCUUCUUGUUCUCAACAAGUUAUCACGCAUGAAAAAAGUGACAAUAUCGACCAGAAGAAUUCUGAAUUGAACCAUAGUCAGACAAUGUCUUCAGCAGCAAAUGCCACAGGAGGAGUAUUAUCAGAACCAAAACCAUUAAUUUGUAAAGAAAUUGAACCAAAAGAUAUCAAGUUGGAUGUAUUGAAUUUAAACAAAAAGGGUCAUCAUAUUCGAGUUUUACUUGUUCGUCACGGACAAUGUAUCACCAAUGUACAAAAAACUAUCUUACAAGAAAAACCAGAUCAUUCAAUACCAUUAAGCAAAAUUGGAGAAGAACAAGCGAAAGCAGCAGGUGUAUAUAUUCGAAGAUUCUAUGAAGAAAUGAAUCAACGAUUGAAAGAACAAAUCGACAAACACAAUUUAAAAUAUAUUGACAUUUCAAACAGAAAGUUUUCAAACUCAGUGAAACACAUUUCAAACGAAACAACAGAUUUCAAGUUUGAUAAUGAUGACAGUGACACUGAAGAAGAUGCUAAGCAAUCUUUCAUCCAAAACGGGAAAGUUCCUCAUGAAAAAGUUAUCACCUAUCCAUUAAGGGUAAGAUUAUGGAAUUCUACUUAUAACAGAGCUAGAAUGACAGCUGAAUACAUCAUGAAAGAGGCAUCCAAUGUCAUUCAAGAUCAAAGGGAGAGCAUUCUACUUGUGGAACAACAAUUUGGCCUGUUUGAAGGAGUGCCUUUGGAGGAGUUGGCAAAUCGUUUUCCUCAAGAAUUUAGACAUUUUGAAAAACAUAUUUGUGCAACAGGUCGUUUUUAUGCUCGUCCACCUCUAGGCGAAUCAAGAUUUGAUGUUUCUAAACGAGUACAAUUACUGUUUGAUAAAUUUAUUGAAGACAGUGAAAAAGAAUACAUUAAUGAUAUCGUUAUAGUGUCACAUGGUGUCACUGUUCGAUCCUUCACACAGAGUAAGUAG